AUGCUGCCCCACAACAGAUCUAAGCAGCCCGUGGACCUGAUGGAGUCUAGAUCCCCCCUUCUCACGAACUGGCAGCUGGUGAUCCCUACCCUGAUCAUCGUGGCCAUCAAACUGCUCCUGAUGACCCUGGUCCUCCUCUACCUCCUCUACCGUGUUCCCUGGUGCCAGUCGGGCUGGGACCAGGACCAAGGGAGGUGCUACCUUUUCUCCUGGGCUAACCAGACCUGGGAGGCAGCGAGAAACUCCUGCUUAGCCCAGAAUGCUGAUCUGGUGGUGAUCAACGACCAAAGGGAGCAGGAUUACUUGGAUAUUAAAGCUCGUUCCAUUCGGCACUGGAUCGGCUUCACUGACCAAGGGACUGAAGGCACCUGGCGCUGGGUGGACAACACUUCUGCGGUAUUUACGUAA